AUUGUGUCAGACAAAAAGUUUUUUUUAUAACAUUUAUAAGGUUUACAAGCUAUUUUAACAGAUUUGAUAGUUUGCCCACUAAGGGAGUUCAGAAUUGUUUGGUCAUUCAACUCCUUUUUUUUAUCCACCCCUUGCAGUUAUGGUUAGUCGUAUAAAAAAUAUUUCAGACAAAAGUUGUGGAUAAUAUUUUAAUGUUUUAUACUAAGUAACAAGUGUGAUACACAUAUUAGGAAUUCUUUUAAAUACUACCCAUAAUUUUUUAUCCUUUUUCUUAGUGAUGGGUCGAGUCACCCUAUUUCAGCAUCGAGUCGAGUUCGAGUUAAACAAAGAAAUUUAUCUUCAAGUCGAGCUCGAGUCGAACUCAUAGAAAUUUGUCUUCGAGUCGAACUCGAGCCGAACUCAUGGAAAUUUGUUGAGAUGAGUCAAACUUAGCGAGGUUCAAGUGGCAGAAUGAUGAGCGAAAUAAAUAUAAGUUAAAUAUUUCUCAAUAUAAUAUAUGUAAUUAAAUAUGAAAACUUUGAAUUAUUGAAGGUUUCCCUACACAUUUUGAUUUUUGUAUUUUUUUUUAAUCUUCAUACUGACGCUUUAAGUGAAAAUGCACAUCCAAGUGACGAAUCAGACGUGAAUUUGAUGAUGACUGAGUCUUGUAUUUUUUGCAGCACUUGCAUUUAGCUGUCUGAUGAUCAAAUUUUUCAAAAAUUUCCCAAAUCUCUGCUUUUGAUUUCUAUUCGUCACUUUUUGACGUCCCAGGCCGUACAAACAUAUCUAUUCCACUAAUACUAAACCGUUUAUGAUUAAUACGACGCCGGCGAAGCAAACUCAAGUGUAAACAUAAACUUCAGCAGCCUCAAUUUUCCGUUCGGCCAUGGAAAACUGGUUGGAGAUUUCAAUUACUGUUGAUAUCAAUUUGCCAAAGUGGCAACAUUCCCUGGCUGUAUGAUGACUUACGUAGGCCAUUGGCCCGGAGUUGAAAUGGCGGCUAUCUAGUGUUUUAGUAGUAAUUAUUAUUUACUUCCAAAGCUGCCCAAAUAUUAACGUGGUCUUGUUCAUGGCUGAAUCUAGAGAACAUUUUUUAAAUUCCGUUAUAGUUAAAUAAAGGUAUUUUGUUGCAGUUAUAAAUAUUAAGUGCAUAUUGAAGGAUGGGAUACACUGUUUGCGGUUACACACGAUCAAAAAUAAAUAAUCUUCCGACUUCGUUUUCAAGGUUUUCAGUGUUGGAUCAGAGGUUUUCCACUAGGUAGGCCUAAAUAAUACAUUAUAUUUUAUUUUAAAGUGCACGGUUUCGGAUAAGUACCUACCUUCACUAUUGGAAAUUGUGCAACAUUAUAGUCGAGCCAAAAACUAAACUUUGACGAGACUCGAGGACGCGAUCUUAAUCAACUCGGUUUUCGAGUCGAGUUUAGUUUCGCCGGCUCGACUCGACUCGCUCGAUUUUUUGAGUCUCGACCCAUCACUACUUUUUCUGCAAUAGUUUGUUUUAUAAAAAAUUACUUCAGGACAAAAUUAUUAGAUAAAAAUUAUACAAUUUACUAGACACCUGCGAGUACUCGAAAUUCGAGUUUCGAGUCGAGUUUUUUAGUAAUACUCGAACUCGAGCUCGUGGCUUUUCAAAAACUCGAAAUUCGAGCGAGCUUUUCUUGAAAAAAACCGACUCUCAUAUCGGAAUAAAAGUCUUACAACACUAUUAUCCUUUACUUUAUAAUGUAACAUGAUCUACCGUAUACAUUAACACCUCAUUUUUACGUACCCGGGAUUUACGAAUUUCCGUGAUUAAUUUUUUUUUACUUCUGUAAUUUUCCGCAUAGCAUUAAUGUAUCACUUUCCUGCUUUAUGCGGAAGAAUUUCCCUCAUUUUACGGUAACAGAGCUGCAUUUAAUAACGUACAAUCAGAAACGUUUCGACGAAACAAAAGUUUAAAGUGAAUAGUGUGACAUUUAUUUAUUAUAAUGCUUCAUUUGGCAAUGUAAACAACCUAGUCUUUUAUUUUCGUUAGCCACGUGUCACGGUAAACAAUACAGCCAUGAACCAAAACGUGUGUGACUUGAAUGCGAAAAUUAAGUUCAGUUUAAUAUAUCUCCCCUUAAAACGUUAAUGUAACUUGCAUGAAAUGAGUUGCAAAUGUUGUUUUUACAUAAAAUAGUCAAAUAAGUUCUAAAGCAUCAUAACCAAGUUCCCGUAAAAGUGUGCCGUCUUCGUGCAUGUUCGGAGAUGCUCGGUUUACAUCAAUAGAAAAUUUUGGAAAGGAAGUUGGCGGCUGUGAAUUUGCAAAUAUUGAAACGGAAACGUUUGUAAAUUUUUAGGCAAAGCAGCAUCCUAAACAUUUGAAUUUUAAUUUUUAAUUAUUGAUACUUUGAAAAUACUAUUUGAUAAACAUGUUUAUUAUUUUAUCUUGUGAUACUUAACUCAGUAUAGGCCAAGCCAAGUCAGAUACGUUUCUGUUGACAAGUUCGAUACAUCGAUAUAUCAACCACGUGACUAGGAGUAACAAACUUCAAUGUACCAACUUGUACGGAUUUAUUCAACAUUUUCUUUCUAACUAUUUAUUCGUUUUGUUUGUAAAAACCAAAAUAAUGUACUACAAUAGCAAACCUAAUAAUAAUUAUUGACGUUGUGAUAGUUGUUUCCAAUGAUUACAAUUAAAAACAUUACAUUUUGGUCAAUUUUGUUUGGAAUAUCUCCAUUACUACCUAAUCAAUAUAUAUAUUUAUUUUUCAGAAGUUGAAAACUGAUCACUACCGGGAUUUGUGUGUAAUUAAAUGCAAUUAGGCGUGGAUAUUUUUGCGAGCAGAAUCAUAAAGAAGUUUUCAAAAAUCAGGUUUUAUGUUGUGAAAGUAAUACGUCUUGAGUGUUGAGAUGGAUGCCACAUCAACUCAUUCUUCGCAAUUUUCAGAAAAGUCAGUAAUUUGGAACUUUUACAACAAGCAUGUCAGUUGUGAUGCAGUAGUGUUCAAAACAUGUUUCAAAUCUCUGAAGACUCCAACUGGUUCCAAUACAAGUUUGAUUCGUCAUUUAGAGAAGCAUUCUAAUGAACUUAACCUCUACAAGAAACUAAAGGAAGAACAUUCAACAAGAACACCUUCACAGAAACGAAAAAUAAAUGACAAUUUCAAGCAAACGACCCUUGGUGAAGCAUUCCAGAAGCCAGCAAAGUUCCCUCGGGAUCAUGCCCUAGCAAAAGAAAUCACAAUGUGUAUAGGAAAAAUGAUGGCAACAGAUUUCCAGCCCUACACAAUAGUUGAAGAUUACGGUUUCAAACAACUCUGUGAAACCAUGGAGCCACGGUACAACCUGCCAUCAGCAACUACAUUUUCAAGGUCUGUAAUCCCAGCAUUGUUUGAUGAGCAGUCAAAGAUCCUUAAAGAUGAAUUGGUGACUGACAUUGAAGGGAGCAUAUUUUCUUUGACCUUCACAACUGAUAUGUGGACCUCUCGGAGUGGAGAAGGAUAUAUAUCCCCGACUUCUCACUACAUAACAAACAACUUUCAGCUCAAAAAACAUGUGUUAAGCAUUUCACAUUUUCCGGGCAAUCAUACUGGAGAGGCCAUUAGUUCAAAACUGACAGAAUUUCUUCACACGUGGGGCCUUGCUGAGGUGACUGUCCCUAUAUAUGUUGUCUCUGAUAAAGCAAGAAACAUAGUGAAUGCUGUUUCACUUUCUGGGUAUGAACACAUACAGUGUUUUGCUCAUUUGCUUCAACUUGCCAUCAGUGAUGCAAAGAAAGGUCUCGGUAUCAUUGAUUUGCUUGCUUCUGCCAGAAAUAUAGUGACGUAUUACAGUCAUAGCAAUGUGGCUAGGGAAAGGCUGCACUCCAAUCAAAAACAAGGAGGUUUUCCAGUUCAUGAACUGAUUCAGAUGGUCGACACCAGAUGGAACAGUGAAUAUCUGAUGCUCUCAAGGUUGCUAGAGCAGAAGCAACCUGUCAUGGCUGAUUUGGUAGAAAAUGGUAGGGAUGGACUGUCGGCCAAGGAUUGGAAGAUGGCAGAAGGUAUGGUGCAAGUGCUUCAGCCAAUCUAUGAUGCCACUAAAGAAAUGUGUGUAGACAGACUUCCAACAUUACCCAUGGUGAUUCCAGUUUUGAUUGGAAUCGAUAGUGUUUUAAAGAAACACAUUGAUGCAAGUGGAGCUGGUUCAGCUGUGCUGUUUGCAAAACAACUGAAGCAGUGUGUUUGGUCGAGAUUCCCGGAAUACAAAGAGAAUAAAGUGUAUAGGACCGUCAUGAUGCUUGAUCCUAGAUUCAAGGCAAGUAUGAAGGCAAGUAUGAAAAAGACUUAGGAAUGCAUGAAAUAAGUAAAGAAGCCCUAGAAAUGAAAAGUUGUAAUAUGCAGCCCUCACAAAGUGUUACUAAUGAAAGUAAAUCAAGUGUACCUACAAGCAGCAGUGAUAGUAGCAAUAUCUGGUCUGUUUUUGAAGAAAUGAAAGGACAGCAAUCUACAACACCUGAAGUGCAGAGCAUUGAGAGAGAUCUUCAGAUCAGGACUUUUUUCAGGGAGGGCACUAUUCCCCGCUCAGAAAAUCCAUUGGCAUGGUGGUGCCAAAAUGAAUCAAAAUUCCAUUUACUUGCACCAGUGGCAAAAAAGUACUUGGGGAUUCCUGCUACACAAGUAGCAAGCGAGAGACUGUUUUAUUUUGCAGGAAAUACAGUUACUUCAAAGAGAGAGAAUCUCUUGCCACAACAUGUGGAACAACUAAUUUUUUUGCAUGAGAGACUUUUACCUAGCCAAAGUUGUUAAAAUAAUUUUGUAAAAAUCUUCCCUCGUUUUAAAUUGUAAUAAACUGAUUGAAAAUUUUUUCUUGUGUAAAAACUCUAUUGUAACCACAGUUUGUUUGUAAGUUAUUUAUAAUUAAAUGCAGUUUCACAAAUUCACUAGGUAAAUUUCUGUAACAUACUGUAAAUCCCUGUUAAUAUAAUUAUCAAGGUUACCAAGAAAUUUAGAGUUCGACUCAUUAACAGGAAAUUUUUUAUUAAAAGUGUAAAUUUCUAAAAUUGUAUUUGUUUACAGUGCCAGUUCUAAUUUUUUUACCACUAUGCAGAAAAUAUUCUUAAGUAGAAAUUUUUUUAAUAGAGUUUUACUGUUACAAAAAAAAUAUAUUUUUUUGUACACUGAUUUUGAAUUAAUAUGUGAAAAAUGCUACUCGCUCGACUCGACUCGGACUCGUGAGUUUUUGCCUAGAACUCGACUCGAACUCGACUCGACUUAUAAAAACCCUGCUCGCAGAUGUCUACAAUUUACAAACAAUUUGAAUGGAUUUAACAGUGUGCCAACUAAGGGAGUUAUGCAUUUUUUUUGUCCGCCAACUCAUUUUUUCCCUUACAGUUAUGGUAUUGUAUCACAUGUAUUUGGACUACUCCAACAAGUUAUAAUACAUUCAAACGGAUGCAAUAUAUGUUACAGUGAUUUUUCAGUUCUAAAAAAAUAUCUUCCUCACCUAAGGGACUUUUCCAUUACAAUAUUUUAGGGAUAGGUUUGGAAGUGAUUUGUGCACAGGUACUGUGCCCAUGAAAAAGUUGAUUUUUUUUAGAGAGAGAGAGAGAGAGAGAGAGAGAGA